AUGAUUUAUGAACUUUGUUAUGUGAUAAAAGAUGUGAAGAGAUGGAUUGGAGAAGUGAGAGGGAAGGAUUUGACAGAGACAUAUGCUUGGUCCUACAAGAGGUGUUUGUUGAGAAGCCUCUUUGAUUACGCAGAAACUUUUAUAUUUGGUGAAAGGAAAGCUUCCAUGUUGAACAAGGAGAUUCAUGUUCAAGUACAUGAUGGAGAGGGCAAGCAGUUGAAGCAGAAGCAACCAUUGAUACCGGAAGAACUUCAACUUGAAAGAUUUCCAUAUUUCAAACCAAAUUCUCAGGAUCAGCUAUCAUCAGAAAUAAGCUCUGAUAGGUCCACAUUACCGGAUGAAAGUGAAUCUUGUAAGGUUGAACCAGACAGACUUGUGGACACAGGCAAACAAGACCUAGAGACAUCAUUUUCAAUUUCAUUAUCAUCAUCUUCUUCUUCUUCAUCAUUAUCUCCCUUGACAGGAAGUAAGAGAUUUUCAAUAGGAGCUUUUGGUUUGUUUCGCAACUUGAUCACCUGUGGAGCCUUAGAUCCAAACGACGAUGUUGUGGUCAGGCUGAACCAAGCUCAUAAAACUGUUUCUAAGAACUCUAACACCCUCGAUGAUGGUAAUGUUAAUGCACAGAUUCGCAAACAUGAUAGAUUUGGAGGAUCAGCUAGGAAUCUUGGAAGUUGUUGGAAUCCCCAACAGGAGCAUCAUGAAGUCAGAAAAAGCUGUGAUGAGAAGAGCACAAACAAGAACAAGAAGAAGCUAGGCGAGUUUCUGAACCAGAUUUCUCACAAACCAUUUGGAGGGUCAAUUUUCUCUAGAUGA